AUGAUGCCACCGGCUCACGGAACAGGCACCCGGGCCCAAGGAGGGGGUCCUGCAGAGACGGUGGGGGUUUCGCGGGGAGUCCCGGGACAGGUGGCUCCACGCCACGGAAGGCGCUGGCGCCUCCUGCGACAGGAACCCCUUCCUCGCAGCCUCUGCCGCCCCCUCCGUCCCCACCCGGCCUUCCAGAGUCUGACUCAGAGCCGAGCCGCAUCGCUUCACCUCCUUCCACACACCCCGAGCAGCGCGGGGAGAAAUUACAGGAUCGCAGGGGCACGGCUAAUGCGCUCUAAUUACCCACCGCCACUCUCAUCCCAGGCCAACGCGCGGCAAUUAGGCCGCCCCUCCCUGGUCCCAGAACUGUCCCCGGGCCCAGGAGCCCUCGCAGCGGUUUCACCAGCCGCCGCCUCCUGCCGGCCUCCGGGACUGCCCCCUGGUCCCCACUAG